CCUUUUGUCUCAAAAUUCUGCAACUGUAUCAGCAUCUUCAAUCAGCCUUAAACCCUCCAAGAACCCCAAAAGACGAUGACUUUUGCCAGUGGCAGUUUCACUCCAAUCUUGACCAACAGUUUGAUUGCUUCUCGAUUAUGGACCCCAAAUUGGAGAAAUGGGUUUUUCUCCCCUUUCAAUAUGGUGCACACAUUUGCCUCAACUCGUAGCCGUCUGCUCAAGAACAAGAAUCACUACAAAAGAUUGGCACUUUCUUCCUGCAGUAGAAGCUUCAGCUGUCAGUCCACUGCUUUGUCUGAUAUCAGUUCAACUUCUCACACUGUUUCCUCAAAUGGCCACCUUAGAUAUGGACGCUUGAUGCCAUGCCCUUUGCAGAACAGCCCACCUAGGGUUGAGCAUCUUGUCGUCACAAAAGAAGGACCUGUUCUAGAAUAUAUUUGUAAAGCUUUGGAUCUCCCUCCAUUAUAUGUGGAAGACCUUAUACAGUUUGGAGCUGUGUAUUACGCACUUGUAUGUCCUAAGCCACCUCCGACUGCCAGUCCUGAGCAAAUUAAAGUGUAUGAAGAAGUUACAGAUCCAUCAAUUCUGAGACAGAGAACUUCAAUCAAAGGGAAAACUGUACGUGAAGCUCAGAAAACUUUCAAAAUAACUCGUGCUGAUGAAAUUGUUGAAGCUGGAACGUAUUUGCGAGUGCAUGUACACCCUAAGCGCUUUCCGAGGUGCUAUGACAUUGACUGGAAAUCUCGUAUUAUUGCUGUAACCGACGACUAUGUGGUUCUGGAUAAACCUGCUGGUACAUCUGUAGGAGGAACUACAGAUAACAUUGAAGAAAGCUGUGCUACAUUUGCUACUCGAGCAUUAGGAUUUUCAGCUCCACUGCUUACUACCCAUCAGAUUGACAAUUGCACUGAAGGAUGUGUUGUGCUGGCUCGGAGCAAGGAGUACUGUUCAGUAUUUCAUGGAAAAAUCAGGGAGAAGAAGGUCAAAAAGCUUUAUCUUGCUCUUGCUGCUGCUCCGGUUCCUAUUGGAAUACUUACACACUACAUGCGUCCUAUUAAUAUGGCCCCAAGACUUGUUUCUGAAGAUUUUGUGAAAGGAUGGUUGUUAUGCCAACUUGAGGUCUUAGAAUGCAAAAAGGUACCGUGGCCUAGUAGUGAAAUCCAGAGGACAUACAACCUUGAGGACUGUGGAUGGGCUUUGAAAGACUUUGCAUAUGAGUGCCAAAUCAACCUUCUAACUGGUCGGACUCAUCAGAUUCGAGCACAGUUAGCUGCAUGUAGUGCGCCAGUGGUAGGUGACUCAAUGUAUAUGCCAGCUGCAAUUGCUGAAAUAGUCUGUCCCGGGAGUAAUCCAUUUGGGAAGAACAAAAAACUAUAUUCAAACGAAAAUGAUAAAUCACUUGCAAUAGACGAGUGGAUAGCACAACAUGGGAAGGAACCUAGUGUUGCUGUAGGUCUUCAGGCAUGCCAGAUCUCGUGGGACGACGGCCAGCACUGUUAUGGUGCCAGAUUGCCCUGGUGGAGGUAGAUAAAGCUUGUGCUAAUGUUUAAGCCUGGCUUCAUCAGAUAAUGUGGCAGGCCUGACAAAUUCUUCGGCACAAGCUGAUACUCACUUCUUUAUAUAUCGACAGCAACUGCCUGUGCUGGGAUCAUAUUAUGAGCUUCAAGGAAAAGGCUGACUUACUGAUCUACCUUGUGUAGUUGUGGAAUAGCAGGAUGUUGAUGAGGAAUUCACCUACACAUUUCGGUCAUUUGAAGGUACCCCAUACCUUAUCCUAAUCUCGUAGUUUCUGAAGCAAUGGUCUGCAGAUAAGGUAGUCUUCCCUUGACCAGGAGUCAAAUCCCCUCUGUGUAACGAAGGAUCUUAUUGUAGUAGUAGAGCAUGUCAUAAAUAUUUCAGGCUCAUGUUUUUUUUUUUUUUUUUUUUGCAACUUUUCAUUUUGAGGAAUGUAAAUACAAUGCGCUGUCAUAAAUAGCAUUUUUGGCUGAUGUUGUAACACCAAUUUCGUGAAGACAAUGGAGAAAAUAGUGUCAGUGAGUUUGUUAUAAUAGUGUAUGCUUCUUGAA